AUGGCCAAGAAAACCACCAAGAAGAAGAAGAGUCUACAGCUGCAGAGACAGACCACCAAGGCAACAGGAAAGAACAAGAAAACAGUGGUGCCACCAAAGCAGAAGGCAAUCUACUCUCGUACUUCCUCCAAGGCAAACAUUGCUGGUGACAGCAGUGGCAGACAAAUGCGAGCUGGCCUGGCUGCAGCGAAGAAUUUGGGAGGUGGCCAAUCCAGCCUGAAGCGGGUGUCUGAAUGUGUUUCUGGCAUGCUGCCUCUGGCACAGCGCAAGAAGCUUCAGUCACUCUUGGAUGGAUCCUACAGUCAUGUCUUCGUGGAAAGCUUGAGGGCUUUGGGUCGAAAGGCUACUGGAAUUGAAGAGGUUUAUGAAGCAGCAAAGAAAUCAAAGACAAAUGUAGUGGUGGCUGACCUGCCAUGUGUCUUCAGCCUGUCUGCAACGCCAGCGGAAGCCUUCCAAAGAAGAGUGAUGGCUGCUGUUCAAGAGUUCGAACGUGAUGUCAUUGUGAAUCGCUUGCAAGAAGGCCUGCAGGCAAAAGCCAAGAAGCUCCAGACUCAGGGUAAAAACAAUAACAAGGUCAAUGGGCGCAAAAGUUACCUGGAGAAGCUCUUGCAGAAUGACUCGCGCAACAUGAAGAGCAAGAUCAAGGCACUUACUGCGCUCUGCAAGGAUCGGAAGCAAGGAAAAUUUGGCUUUAGAGAGCUAGCUGUCAAGGCUACAAAGGUGCUGGCCUUGAAGAAGGGUGCCAUGGGCAAGGAUGCAGCAGUCACCUUGUCACAGCAGUUAG